GAACGAGGAAUUUACCAAAGACAGUCAUGUUUCUACGGCUGCCAGACCAACCUCGCCUGGAAACCUGCUUCUUCCCGGUCAGGCAGCCAAUCGCAGUCGCAGUCGCCCAAAGGCGCAGCUCCAUCACUUUGCCGCCCCGGCUACAACAAGCGAGUGCGUCCCGGCGACGGAUGUGAACGAUAAUAAUCGUACUGACCCUCAGGAAGAAACCCCCUUGAGAGAUACAAGAAAACCUACCUACCAACCCCAGACGCCUCCAAGGUGCAGCUCUCGACUCGCGCGUAAUCCUCAAUACACUCCUCAAAAGACAAGCGACGAUCAUCCUUCCGGCGACAAGCAACCACACAAGAAUUACCUCACGAAGCCCCAUGUCCUGUCGGAUGAGCCGUUUCCUGAUGGAGAGGCGAACCAUCCUCUCGCGAACAGCAAGAUCAUUCAGGUGUCUUCGAGUGUAGAGCAUGCGAGGGAGCAAAGUGACACCGAGGCUGUGCCUACUUUGGACAACUUGCCAAAAACGAAAGUGUGCCAUGGACUUAUCCCGCAGGAUAUUGUUAAGAGCAUGGAUCCCAAAGACAUCAAGAAGGCGAUCAGCGCAACCGUGAUUGCGAGUCGCAUCUACAACAUCAUGAGCCCUGAGCAGCUAGAUACUCUCAAAAAGGAAAGGGACGAGCUGGAACAGUUUGUCGAGUCCAUGAACGUCUCCUUGCUUAUCGAAAUUCGUAUGCGCGAUGCCUCUGUUUUGCUAAUCCGACAGCAUGAGAAUGGUCCCAAUUUGGAUGCCCUCAAGGCAGCAACCAUUCAGUUCCAGGCGACGGCGCAGAAAAUGGAUAGUUUAAACCAAGCGAUUCAGGAGACAAUGUGGCGCUUGAUGACGAUCCAGCGACUGUUGCUCCAGCAUGAGGGCGGCAUUUUGAACGCAGGUCUUCGACAGCUGGACAGCGAGAACCGCGAGCUUACAAGAGCUGUCUUACAGCUAGACAAUGCCAAGGAUCAAGAAAAGGAGGAGAAGAUCAAGUGGAAAAGGGAACACAACCGCCUCAAGUUCCAAAGCAUUCUCUUCCCGAGCACGCCUACCUAUGAAGAGUUUACGAUCAAAGCACCUCCAAGUCCAGGUCUUCAAAAGACUCAACAGGAACAUCAGACACAGUUAACAUCGAUGGAACAAUACGUCAAAGAGCUCAGCGACGAGAUUUUGCAAAAGGAUGAGACGUUGACAGAGUUGAAGAGCCAACUUGAGGUAGUGCGUGGUUGGGCAGGUGACUUUCAGCAUCUCAUCCUGGGCCGAAGGUCCAAGCACACGGGGGCCGAUUCUGCCGCAUCAGACUUGGUGCUCCAAAGGCAGCUCUAUCAGCUGCAAUCGUCUGUCGAAGGCGAACUCAAGGAUAUGGAUAUCUUGUUGCAAGAGCAAAGAGCCAAGGUCGAGGCGCUAGUGGAGGAGAACGCAGAUCUGGUUGUCAGGUCGAACUCUGGCCUACCUUCAGGGACAUUCUUGGCCAGCGACGAGGAGUUUCUACUAGAUUCAGAAUUGACUCGAGCUCGUCGUGCUCAGCGAUCAGCUCGCACCAAGACCCACUCUAGACAAGGACCUGGUCUUCAUAUGAUUCUCCACGAGAGCCUGCAGGAGCUGGACCGUCAGAUCCAGAGUGCCUCCUCUAAUCGAUCUUCUUCGGCCUCCACUUCUUUGACAUCGUUCUCAACUGAUUCGUGCGAGACCGAGGGUACAGCCCUGAGUUGGGAUCCUUCCAAUCACUUCGUCGGUGGAUACUUGAGUCGUACUCAUAGCAACUGCAGCAGCCAGUCAAAUUCAAGCCUCGGUCUACGCGAGCAGGUCCCGAGACGCGACUUUAUCGUCGAAGACGCGUAAUACGAGAUGUUGUCUAACAGCUGCAGUUCUGACGAGGAUACCACAGUGGUGACUUCAAACCUGUGGUAAGCCACGGCAUCUGGUGCGCUGCAGUUUGAGAAAGAAACUUGUUCUGCCACCUUUUUUUUUUCGUUCCUUCGUUGAACACGCAUCGCAAUGGAACCUCCGCCACCACCGAGCUCAUCACCACCACCAACGCAGACACCGUUGCCAAGUCAGUUCCGAGUACCAGAGGGCCCGGCGCGACCAAGGACUGCG